GACUGGAAAGCAGCUAGAGAGGCAGGCUUUGAGGUUGCCAAGGAGCGGCUGGCAGCUGAUCUUCCGUUUCCGGUAACUGAGGCACGAGGAUCCGGCGUUCCGACCCAGCGGGAAAAUGCGGCCUCUGACUGAAGAGGAGACGCGAGUAAUGUUUGAGAAGAUAGCAAAAUACAUCGGGGAGAAUCUGCAGCUGCUGGUCGACAGGCCCGACGGCACCUACUGUUUCAGGCUGCACAACGACCGGGUCUACUACGUGAGUGAGAAGAUUUUGAAGUUGGCCGCCAACAUCUCCGGUGACAAGCUGGUGUCGCUGGGGACGUGCUUCGGAAAAUUCACGAAGACCCACAAGUUUCGGUUGCACAUCACGGCUCUGGAUUACCUCGCACCGUACGCCAAGUAUAAAGUGUGGAUAAAACCUGGAGCAGAGCAAUCCUUCCUGUAUGGGAACCAUGUGCUGAAAUCUGGACUUGGUCGAAUCACUGAAAAUACUUCUCAGUACCAGGGAGUCGUGGUGUACUCCAUGGCAGACAUCCCUUUGCCUACAAGGGAAGUACCAUUACCUACUACAUUAGAGACGAGGAAAUGGACAUCCAGAGAUUCCAGUGGCUAACUCACCAUCUCCAAGCACAGCUGGCACAGUUGGGGCCCUGAGUGGGCCUCACACUCUUACCCAUCAGGACAGUGUGUCUGUCAGUCUCUGAGUUCUGACAAUGUCUAAAUGUUUUUAUCUCAGCCAUAAUCUUAAAAAACAAAACGGCAUGAGUACCUUCUAACCAAGUAUUGCUUCAGAAGGCAUCACAGUGACUCCAAUUGGUAAUACUUUAACUGUCACAAGCUAUGUGUUAUGUUAUGAAGAACACACUCAUAAUUGUGUUCAGUUCCAGCAAAGGCCAGGUGACAUCACAGCAGUCUGGAGGCACAGUGGCUCUGCAGCAGUCUCACUAAGGUGAAGGUGGGAGAGACGGAUCAUUUCUCAGUCAGGCAUCCCCACCAGAGUCCCACUGCUGCCACCGUCCUAGCACUACUCAUGUGGUGAGCAGUGACUUAGGUUCAGCAAAACAGUCAUCAGUUCAUGGUAAGUUAUAUAGUUCUAUAGAAACUGUAGGCAGAGUUUUAUGUCUGUACGCAUUUUAUAACAUUAUAAUAAAGAUAGCAUUGAAGUUAUGUUAAAAGUUAAUGGAUCUAUGCAUUUCUCAAAUUCUGAGAAACACGAUGAGGAUAUUUUGCUUCCUUAAAUGUAUCACAGUGUCAUUCUUCUACCUAGAGAGCGCCAUCUAACAAUGUGAGAGUUGAAGGUAAAAAGCUUCUGGAUGCUAAAGCUUGGUUUGGAGGGAGAUCACAAGUAGCUACAACCAGAUCGAGUGGAGAUCAGUUUCUUACCUUCUCACUGUAGUUUCAUUUGGGGUUAAUUGCUAGAAAAACAGCAGUACCCAACCCCCAAACACAUAGUUAAUAGGUAAGAAAGCUGUACAAAGUUUCCAAAUUGCAACUACAGGAUGAAUUUUUAAACUUUAGCAUUUCUUUACAUCUUGCCUUUCACUCACUCAAAAGUGAGAAAAAAGGAAUUCUUUUGUUCCCGGAGGUACAUUAUAUGAGGAAAUGGACAAAUUAAGAGGAAACUUUCACAUCUCUGUAUGGCACAGCUUCCAAGGAUUAGAACAUCCAAUACAGUUUGACAUCAGCUUCUUAACAUGGACAAUAUGGUUUAGCAAAGCUUGUUCAACAUUUUGCUACCUCCAUCUUUUCAGCUGCAAUUAAACAGCUACUUAAAUUUGAGAGAAGC